AUAGUCUCCCAGGCGCCGUCGGAUUGAAAAUAGAGACGCACACACUUCCGUAAACUAAAACAGCCCGGUGUUUGUGUGUGUGUGUGUGUGAAAGCUUCAGACAGGUUCUCAGUGUGUAUUAAUCGAUUUCACAAUCACACAUCUAUGGUGUUAAUGUUAGUUUAGUGGUGUCAGUGAUGGACCGCCGCAGAUCACCUGAGAGAGCCGGCAGAGAGACAAAACACGAGGAGAAGAAGAAGAAACGGAGACGGUCCACCUCCUCCUCCUCUUCAUCAUCAUCGUCUUCUUCAUCCAGCAGCAGCAGCAGCAGAAGUAGAAGCAGAUCCGCGAAGAAGAAAUCACACAAAAGCCAAGAUGUAAAAACACAAAGAAAGAAGCGCCGAAGAAGCUCCUCUUCUUCAUCAUCCACAUCUUCCUCCUCCUCGUCUUCAUCCUCGUCGAGCGACGAGAAGUCGAAGAGGAGGAGGAAAAGCAAAUCCAAGAAAAAGAAGUCCAAGAAGAAAAGGGCAAAGCUGAAGAAACAGAGGAAAAAGGAGAAAAAGAAGAAAGAGAAGCUGAAGAGGAAGGAGAGGAAGAAAGCAGAGGUGGUGUCCGGUGCGCCGGCUGGGAAGCCUCCGUCUUACCUGGAGGUGUGGCAGAGUGACGAAGGCGCAGUGGAGCUCGGGCCUGUGAUGACAGAUGAGCAGAAAGCUCGACUCUCCACUAAGAGGCCCCUCACCAAGGAGGAGUACGAGGCCAGGCAGAGUGUGAUCCGCAGGGUGGUGGACCCGGAAACAGGGCGCACCAGAUUGGUGAGAGGAGAGGGAGAGAUCAUAGAGGAGAUCGUCAGCCGAGAAAAACACAAAGAAAUCAACAAGCAAGCCACCAAAGGAGACGGGAACGCCUUCCAAAGGAAACUGGGAAUCAACAAGUAGGCUGUGAUCUUCAGGAGUGCAGCCGCAAUAAGCUGAAAUUUAUAUCCUAAUUUCAGACAGUUGCCUGUGAUUUCACAGUAGAGGAGUGAAGGUUCAAAAUGAUUGUGAUAUGUACUCUUGAUUUACAUUAAAAGCCUGUGUCUCCUGUUGACAUGCCUUAUUAAAUCCAUGCUGGAGUUAGAGAGCAACUGUAAUGUUUCGAAUCUACUGAGAUCUGCAAGAAGAACUUCAUUUAAGGAAGAUGUCCUUAAUAACUUGCACAUGCAUUAAUUAAUGCGUAUUUAUCUUGUCCAUGUUUUAAAGCCUUGCAGUGUUUCAGGUUUUUGCCUGAAUGGACUGUAGAAUCUGGUUUUCAGUUUUCUGUCCUUCAGAUGACGUGUAACUGCAAACAGUUUGACCAUUCAAAUGUUUUCUUCGUUUGACAUCACCUAACUCAUGUUGUACGUAAAAUUAAAGGAAUACUUCUCCCACAAAA